GCCAAACAAAUAGGUUAUGUUAAUGUUAUUAUUUGUAUUUAGUUUAUUGGAAUUUUUUAAUGAGAUAUAAUGCCUCGAAGCGUAAGCCCAACUUUAAGUUCAAGCAUAACGCGAAGAAGUCUUACACAAAGGAAGAGACAAGAAGAUCGAAAUUUAGCAACGUAUUUUAAAGAAGUGCUUACGAAAGCUGGUGUAUCUUUAAACGAAGGGGACACACCGAACCAUAUCACUCAAGAGCAGGCCCUAGUCGUAAGAGACAUUUCCAAAACGUUACGGUCACAUGUUUUCCACCCUAGUAAUUUAGAAGAAUUUUUUAAGGGCUUAAAGCUGAUUUGCAAGAACGAGGAGAGCUUCCGAAAGUUGCUAUUACCUACAGAUCUCAAGAAAGACGAUAGCUUACAGCCGACAGUACAACAGGAUAGCGUUUUACGGAUGUUACUAAAUAUUCCUUCGUUACAGGACGAAAUUAUCGAUUUACUGUUGAGGCAGGUUACUGAAAGUGCUGUUGAUGAUAAAAACGACACCAGUUUGCUAAGACUUGUACUUACACCCCUCCGGUAUUUAUCAAAUAUUACCAACGCUAAAGCGCUCACUACAAAGCUUCUCGAUAUAACAGAGAUAGGCACGUUCGAAGCCCAACUGGAAAUUUUAAAUUUGCUGCCCGACGUAAUACCCGACGUCGAAUAUGAGGAAACCGCAAAACAGCUAAGUAAAUUACUGGAACACAACCCCGACUUAACCGGCGCGGUGGUGGACUGUUUAAAUUCCUUAAAUUUAAGCGCGGAUGUACGAAGUCACGUUCGCGAGGAAGUACUGGCACAAUUACACACGAAUUCGUCUUCGAAAAUAUUUCCAAUAUUGUUCGAGUUUGUUACGGCCGAAUGCACUCAGAAGGAACUCCAGGAUGUCUUGCCAAGUGUUAGAAAUGCUUUGGACGGUAUUUUGAGUUCCCCCUCGAGUAAUAAGGACGCUGAUACCAAGAAGGCGUUAAUUUGCAAUCGACUGCAGUCUCUGCUAACAGCACGGAAGAGUCUGUACGAAGGAUGGGUGGCUUAUAUUUCUAACGUGCGGGCGGUUAACGAUGUUAAGCCGGUGGAUCUGUUCAUGCUGUUUAUGCUGCACUCGACGGGUAAGAUGCGGAAAAGUACCAUUGAGGCCUUGUUUAAGAAACGGGUUAAAUUGGGGCUGUUUAAGGUGGCUCAUUUUGAAGCGCUUUUUAAAGAUUACUUUGUCACCCAAACUAUGAAGGACUACUUAAGCUCGAUUAUGGAAGUUGGUGUUAGUAUCCUACGUUUCUACACCGAGCCGGUCGUGAUCGAGUGUGCUGAAACAAUAUUCAGGCUGGUAUUCGGCCAUAGCCUGAUUAACAGGCUUCAACGGCAAGAUGUUAUUUACAAUUUGACACUUGCAAUUGGAAUGAGUGACAAAAAAAGUAUUCGGCCUAUUCUGAAGAUUUUAAUUGGAUUGUUGAGUGACGUAAAGAAGCUUCAGGAGCACACCGUGCAGCUAAUGGGUUUAUUGGAGAAGAUGGAUACGAUUAAUUUGAGCGAUGUUAAGCUUAUCUUCGAACUUUUGUGCAAUUUAACGUGUGGGGAACACAGUGAGGAGGCCAUGUCAGGUUUAAAGGACGAGAUUCACAUGAUAAUUCGAAAGCAGUUGUCAAGUUCAAAAAAGAGUGCCAAGCAUCGAGGUAUUAUCGGGUCCAUUAUGAUGAUUAAAGCAUUGGUUUUAACAUCGCAAGACCAGUCAGCCAUAGACGAUGUGGAUGACUCGAUUUCGCUUGAUGAACUACCAUCUGGUGGUCCAAGAGAAGCAGCCUGUCUGUUGGAGCUUACAAACACGUGUACUUUGGGAAACCCGGACUCCGUAGGACUAUUUUAUGACGAACUAGCAUUUCUAAUAAUUACCACACCCAACAUUCAGCAAGUCUUUUUGGUUUGGCUGUAUCAGCUAUUUACAAACAGCUUCCAGAACAGUUUUGUCACUGAAACAGUACCUCAGCCGGUUAAUGACUUGGUGCUAUCAAUGCAGUUUUCCUUAAACACCAGCGACGAGGUGGAAACUCAAAUUGCAGUUAACAUAGGAGAGAUGACCUUAAAAUUGCAACCGAGCGAAAACUGCUCCGUGAUCAUUUUGGCGUCGCUCUUCCGACUGUUACGACUUAUCUACUAUAAACAACAUGAGGGUGAUUUGGCGUCGAUUGACGCCUUACUCGGUUGUUCAGUUAUUAUGCCCGAUUUGGAGGACGUCGACGGUUAUGAUACUGAACAACUGAAGCAAGUUGCUGAUUGCGUCUUCCAUUGUAUUAACUGGUUUCGUGAACUUAUAAAUGCGUUUGUGACCCAAAAAAGUAGACAACUACGCAACAAGGUUUUGGAAAGAUUGUCUGGUGUGGUGAAGUUACAAGGGAUUUUGGAGAAAUGUUUGGCAAACAUUCCCGACCAUAAGUUGCCCUUGAGCUAUUUUGACGCCCUUUCUCAAGGUAGUAUGCAACGGUCCCCCACCCAUGCAGUAAAAGUGUCAAGACCGAAGAAGAAACAGAAAGUCUCUGACACAACAAAUCUCAACAACACUGUAGCUUCAACUUCUGCUGUAUCACAACCCCCACCGAAAACUGGCGCUAAGAAAAAACCACCAAUACCAAGAGAGUUUCGUUUCCGGGAAAUGGACACAGAUAUUAUCCUUCUACUGAGAUACCCGAUACAAAUGGACGAAAACGUAUUGCCUAAUACGCCUGCGCAAUCACAAUCAAACACCUUGAACAUAGAACAAUUCAUUUUCUUAAUAAGCGACCUCGUACACAAACUAAGAGUGUUAAUGAAACCUAGCGAUUUAGGGUUGUCACAUAUCACCGCUAUUAAUUUAGAAGAUUUAAUCUCGGAUUGCCUUAAGCUGUUUCCCUCGAUCAAUAACCACCUGCAAACAAUUACUGGCGCUAUAGAAAAUUUGCUUAAAUCCGCCGACAAUUGUCGCAAUGCCGAAGUUAUGUCGACAUCCCAAGCAAACACCCUAAAGAACGCUUUUGCAUUAAUCAUGGAGUGUUACUCUCUAAUAUUCGGUUGGAGCGGGUUUCAGCAUCAGAAAAACUUAAAAUUGUUGAAAGACUGUCUGAAAAAUGUAAGAGUCGAACGAUCCUCUCAGUUAGCUUCAGUUAAAUCGCUUUGUAUGGCAUUUACUGAUAAAUUAGUAGAACACGUGGACCAUUGCUUAACGUUAACAGCUGCACUGAGCCUAGUUGAAGUUAUGCAGGGUUUAUACGAGGUUCGUUCCCACCCGGAUUUGAAGAAACGAAUUGCGGUGACCAGUGGAAAAUUGCUGAGUAAACGAUGGUAUAAUCAAUCGGGGGGCACCGAAAGCGGCAAGGACGCAUAUUUGUGCGUAAAUAAGCUACUAAAGGCGUACUUAGGAAAUGCCACGUCAAAAACAAUUUGUGGCGUUAUAGGUACAUUGCAAGAACAAGCGGACGAGUUAAAAUCAAAAGAGGAUUCUUUACCAAUGCUGGCCAGUAUCGACAAACUUAACUUCCACGUUUUCUUCAGAUGUUUGUGUACAACACUCGUGGAAAUUAUUCGCACCGAAAUAUCCUCUCUGACUAAUGAGCAACACUUAGUGUUAUGGCGGAUGGUCGCUUUAAGUAUGCAAGGGUUGAUGUCAGUCGUUAAGAAGCAGGAAACAAAAACGAAUUUGGUCAGCUAUUUGAAAAACGGCAUUGCUGUGCUUAAGAUUUUCCUGGCAAGCGGAAUUCCAAUUCUUGAGAUUGUCCUGCCGAAAAAAACAACAGAGGUCAUCGAAGUGUUCAAACUUAUGCAGGCGAGCACCAGAUUCCUUCACCAGCUUUGCUGUUACUCAAAGUUUACAAAAGACGUAAGCUUGGUGGCGUACGUUCCCCAAUUUCGUCAAGUGCUUGAGUCUCUGAUUUAUCGAGUUAAAGCCGCGCUGGCCGGCAACGGUUGUAGUGACGCGUUUUGGAUGGGAACUUUGAAAAAUAAAAAUUGGCACGGCGAGGAAAUUCUUUCGCAGAGUACUAUACGGUCGAAUGAUUCCGGGGAUGAAGAGGAAUUGCCGCCUGAUGAUGAGGAGGAAGAGAUUGAAAUUGAGUCUAAUGUUGUUGCAAGUGAUAAUGAAUCAACGGCUAGUGAGAUUAUUUAAUAUGAAAUUGUAUUGUAUUUUUUAUACUGUAGCCUUAAUAAAUGUUAAUAAAUAACGUA